CCUCCUCUGUGUUUGUGGAGGAGAGAGAAAAGCAGCGAGCGGAGGAAGCAGGCACAGCUCCGUCCAAGAAAGGUGGAGACUCCGACUCCUGGCUAACUUCCUGCACCGUAAUCUUUAAGCGAGAGGAGUCAGGGAGGACAGGAGCGCUGCCGAGGCGACGGGACGGAUGGAUAUAAGGCUCUUUUAGCUUGUUUUCAGCUGUAUUUCCACUAACACCCACUGGCUGCCUCUGUCUACCUGGGCUGUAGCUGUUAGCCGUUAGGAGGAUUCCCGACUCUGCGGGGCGCUCCGACAGGCAGGAAUGGAGGUCCUAGUGGAGUAUGAAUAUGACGCGCUCCACGAUGACGAGCUGACCCUGCGGCCCGGUGACAUCAUCAGGAAUGUGUGUUACAUCCAGGAGGAGGGCUGGAUGGAGGGAGAGCUCAACGGCAAGAGAGGAGUCUUCCCAGACAACUUUGUAAAGGAGUUGAAAAAGGAUCCCAAGGAGGUCAAAGAAACCAAAAAUGAGCCAAAAGAGGAGUCCAGCCAGCCCCAGGGGAGAGACAGGAGUAACGUAGCCAACCUGGUGAAGAGGAUAAGUGUCAUCGGCAUCCCUACUGGGGGCUUCCAGCCGAUCCCCCCAGCAGCAUCAAAGAAACCAAAGAAGAGGCAGUGCAAGGUGCUGUUUGACUACCAGCCCUUAAACGAUGACGAACUGGAACUGAAAGUUGGAGACAUUGUUGACAUCCUUGAAGAGGUUGAGGAGGGCUGGUGGAGCGGGACCCUCAACGGCAAAUCAGGACUGUUCCCAUCCAACUUUGUCAAGGAGCUGGAGGCUGCAGGAGAGGAGCCAGAGGCAAACGACACGGUCUCUGAAAAGUCUGAUGGAAGUGGAACAGAAGCUGCUGUCACUCCCACAUCUCCUCCGCCGGACUCAGGAAACGGAGCCAUCCAUCAGCCCAAAAAGAUCAUAGGUGUCGGCUUCGGAGACAUUUUCAAAGACGGUUCUGUCAAACUGAGGCCGCGGAACAGCCCCAUCGCAGAGGACAGGAAAGGCAAGGAGCCAGAGAAGGACAAAGCCAGUCCAUCACAGCCAGUCUCACCAUUACCAUCAGCUGCAAAGCCUGCUCAUCCCAACCUGAGCGACUCCCAGAAGUCGGAGGUGGACGGCAAACCCAAAGUUUCUACAGCUAAAGAGAGCUGUAAGGUGAAGUUCCCUUACGAAGGCAAGAAUGAUGACGAACUGAGCCUCAAAGAAGGGGAGAUAGUGAACAUACUGAGCAAGGAUACCGGUGAGCCCGGGUGGUGGAGAGGGGAGGUUGGAGGAAAACAGGGGGUGUUUCCUAAUAACUUUGUCACAGUUGUUCCUGAAACAGAGAAGGAGGCAGCACCAUCCAAAGGAUCUGUGAAGCUGUUGCCAAAGCCAGAGAUGGAGGAGAAACCGAGGAAACCACCUCCACCGUCGAAAACAGCAGCUUCCAAGCCAGAACUCCCCAGCGCUGAGAGGAAGCCUCAUCUCCCCCGGCCAGAGGACAGAGGCGACAAGCCCACUCCAGAAGCCAAACCCUACAAGCCCCCCGCACCCAACCCACACAAGAAGCCGGUCCCUCUUCCACCCAAGAAGCCAGAGAAGCCCAUUACUCCCUCAUUAAACCUCAAGCACAAUGGAGAGGUGCCUCCUACACGACCAAAGUCAGAGUUAGAGCCAGUAUUGCCAACGAAACAGAAAACGCUGUCUGGAGACUUUGGGGAGAAACCUUCUGAUGCAGGAGAUCUGAUGAGUUUUGAUGACUUGUCCGGAGCCUCCGAGAAACUCACUCACCCAACGGCUAACAGACCAAAGAUGCCUGGCAGGAGGCUACCGGGCCAGUUUGUCACGGGACAAUCGCCUCCGAAGGACGUGGCUGCAGAGAAAUCCUUCAAGUUUGAUGAGGAGGAUAGUGCCAAACCCAAGCCAACAGAACACAAAAAGCACUCGCAGCCUUCCAACCAGUCUCCGCCCCUCCAUAGGCCCUCUGAAGCCAAGCCCACCCCCAACAUGGACACCAUCAUCUCACAGAACAGCAAAUUCCACGCAGAGCCGGAGGAGCAGAACGAACUGAAGUACCAGAUAAAAGAGCUGCUGUUGUCUGUGGAGCUGCUCAAAGCCCAGCAAAUGAAAGAGAUAGCAGAGCUGCGACGAGAGGUGGAUGAGGAGCGGCUGAAGCGCUUAGCCCUGCAGAUAGAGGUAGAGAAGCUAAAGCGGGUCAUCCAUUCAACGUGAAGCGUUCCGUCGGAUCAACAGCAAGCCUGAAGCUCAGCUGCCAGCCUGCCGACCGUGGCGUCGGCCAUGGACCGGCGGCUGAUGGGAUGAAGAGACGGUGGACAAUCCAACCAACCUCCUUCUCCACAAUCUUCAAAAAAAAAAAGAAAAAAAAACUCUUACUAUAUUUGUACAACUUUUUUUUUUGCACAUAUCUUUUUUUUUCAAGCUAGGUGUAAUUGACAGUUAUGCUGUAUGUUUCUGUGUUUUGUUAAUUUUGCCAACACAAAACAGAAUAACUGAGGCCUUACUUCAAACUAAUGUGCUGGACGGCUCCGCCCCCUGCUCUCUGCUCGCCCCUCCAGCAUUCCUUCGGGGACGGGAUUCGCUCUCAGAACUACUGACUGCCCAAAGCAGAGGCUGCUUCUCCUCAUCUAGCUUCCUUUCUCUCAUCGUUUUAUGAUGCACACAUCUUUGAUUCUCCUUUUUUUUUUAAAGUUGGAUCUAUGAGCUGGUUUGAGUUGAGAUCUUGGGAUUCAAAUGGUUUCUUUCUUCCAUGGCAGCUGUCUCUUUGUGGCUGCAGAGCUUUAUGGGGCUUUUUGCUGUUUUUUUUUUUGUCUUAUGUUUUCUAACAAUUCUAUCCAGGGUUACACUACUGUGCCUGCUUAAAUACAGAAACUAAAGUAUAUUAAAUGUUUAUAAUUGGGAUCAGGAAGACUUGCAUCAUGAUUAUUAUUGUAUAUGUAUAUUUUUAAAUCUAUGGAUUUGUCAAAAUCUAUAUAGUGGGCCUUUUUCUGUGCUGGUCUCUUCUAUUUUUGUGACACUUUCUCUGAGAAUGUUCUCAUAGCUAUAAUAUAUAUAUAUAUAUAUAGAACACGGAUGUGCAAAAAAAAAAUAAAAUUUGUAAAGUUGGAAGGAAUCAGAGGGGUGUGAGCAUCUCUUGAUCCAAGGUGAAUCAUCUGAUUGGAUCUUUGUCUUCCUGCUGGUCCCCUCCUACGUCCCCAGUACAGGAGAUAAACAAACUGGAAGCUCAGAACGGCAGCAAUAAAACACAUUCAAACACCGACGGUUUGAUGGUUUGAUUUGGCAGCACUGACUGCAGGUGAAUGCAAAGAUCUCCAACCACUUGGAACGAGCAAAAAUUCGUCUCGGUGUGAAGAUUGAUCCUUCCGUCUUUAUUUCUCUUCCUUUUUUGGACAAUUUUGCUGUUUUUUUGUUUUGUUUUAAAGCAGACAAACUUUUUUUGCAAGUUUCAAAGUUUGUACUUUUCAUAGUUUAUUCCAACUCUAUUGUAACGAGAUGGAUUUAAACUGCUGCAGGUUAUUAUCGGGAGGUAGUUUUCAGUCCAACAGGAAAAAAGGAAACACGCAAUUAUCCCAUUAGUCCAUCAAAGCGUUGGGCUCUUAACCUCUGAGAAUGGAUGCAUUUAUUGAAUAAAAAAAUUAAAACCUCGGUUUAAAGAUAUCAGUCAGCCAUCAGUCAGGAUAAAACUAAAAUACUGUUUCACUUCUGUAUUGUUUUAUUGGUGUACUGGUGAUUGAAUCUCUGUACAAAAUAAAUCUAACCUGAACUUUUAAA